AUCAUGUAUGCCCCUCGGUCCAGGGACAGGUUUACCACCCCAUCCUUUAUCCAGCGGGAUCGCUUCAGCCGCUUUCAGCCCACAUACCCCUACGUGCAGCAUGAAAUUGACUUGCCUCCCACCAUCUCCCUGUCGGAUGGGGAGGAGCCGCCUCCUUACCAGGGCCCCUGUACCCUGCAGCUUCGAGACCCUGAACAGCAGAUGGAACUCAACCGAGAGUCUGUAAGGGCCCCGCCCAACCGAACGGUGUUUGACAGUGACUUAAUAGACAUUUCUGUGUACAACGGGGGACCAUGCCCACCGAGCAGCCACUCGGGUAUCAGUGCAGCCACCUGUAGCAGUAACAGGAGGAUGGAGGGGCCGCCCCCGACCUAUAGCGAGGUGAUGGGCCGCUACCCAGGCGCCUCCUUCUUCCACCACCAGCAUAGCAACGCACACAGGGGCAGCGGACUGCAACUUCAGCAGAACAAUCCGGAAAGCACAAUAGUACCCAUCAAAGGCAAGGACAGGAAGCCGGGGAAUCUGGUCUGAUCUCUGCGGAAUGCACUAUUCAAGAAGAGAGAAACCUUGGCAGGGAGAGAGACAGAGGCUUCCAGCCCUUCCUGCCACAGGGUCGUCCAGCUUUACAUGGUACAACUGAGUAAAACCAAAUUUGUAAAAUGGUCUUUGUUUCUGAUUCCUUUCAGGGGAAUGGUGUGCAAACAAGAUUGACACGAUACAAAUUUCUAUCUGGUUUGACCAGGGAUAGAGUGUUUAUCUGGAGCGUGGAUGGGGACAGGAGACCAGCUUGGCAGAGGGUGGGCAGGCAAAACAGAGAAAGGGAAGCUUUGAAGACACCAAGAAGUAAGGCUCACAGAGAUAUUUAUUUAAUUCCUAAAGGAGACUGAAGAUAACUGAGGUCAGAAUGGCCUGUUUUAUAAUUAACUGAAUAAAGAAUUAUAUAUUAUCAUGGGGAAGAAUCAGCCAGUUUGUUUUUUUUUUCUAAGGUGUGAAACCUGCAUUGUUUUAAAAAUAUGAAACAAAACUUGUUUUGUGUGCCAAGGUAUAAUGUGGAGGAGGAGUUAGAUGAAUGUAAGGAGCUAAUUUGUGUUGUGAAAGUUUUAUAAGUUGCACUAUUUUCAUGUUUAAAAUAUGUAUGAGGGAACUGCUUUGCGGAAGGUUACGUAUGUUGUCUUGUCACCUAUGGAUGGUUAUCAAGCCAAGGAACAUCCCUGGGUGUCUCCAGAAUCAUACAAGAAAGGGUAUUUGGGGAUGUGAUGCAGCCCAGUGUUUACCGAGUUACAUAUAUCAAAAAAAAAAAAAAGUGGUUAUUGUUGCAAGAAUUAGAAUCAAAUAGCAGUGAACCCUUGAGGCAUCUGGAGCUGUGGGUGGCCGAUAGUAAACACAUCCAUUAUGUAUCUAGCGUCAUGCAGUGUCCUUAUCCUCCAGCCUUGUAGUCCCUCCAGAAAUUUAGACUUUUUUCACUGUAGCAUGAAAUAUAUUCAGAUACAUAUCUUAUUUUAUGCAAUAAACUGUUUAAAAUGCAA